AUAGCCGAGACUUCCAUCAAAAAAACAUAUUCCAAUUGAAUUCCACACUUCUGCAAAUUACUUCACUCUUGCAUCCACUAUAAUAUACAUUAUCAUCUCUCCAAAAACAUGGGUGCCUUCCGAUUGCAAUCGAUAGUUGCUAAUGCAAAACAACUAAUCAAACUGAACAACAAGAACCAAGAUGUUCCCAAAGGAUAUUUGGCUGUGUACGUAGGGGAAGUUCAAAGGAAACGUUUUGUGGUUCCUUUAUCUUACCUGGACCAGCCAUUGUUCCAAGACAUGUUGCGUAGGUCAGAGGAAGAAUUUGGGUUCAACCAUCCUAUGGGAGGACUUACCAUUCCAUGCCGUGAAGAGGCUUUCAUUCAUCUCACUUCCCAAAUACGCAACUCAUAGUUUAAGGAUAAAGAAUCGUCAUCCAUAAAGAUUUUGACUGCACUACUAUUUUGUACUAGUUCUGUUAGGAGGGUUCCCAUUUCUAUAACUGUAUAUAAAUUUGUAUUUUUCACAUGUAUAUCUGUUAGAUUGCUCCA